CCGGAUCAUCCGCGAGCAAAAGGUAACGUGAAAUGGUAUGAAGACAUGCUGGAGGAUGAAGGCGUGAGGCGUGUGGACAUGCGUCGUAAUGUCCCAGCAAUAAACAAUCCUCGACAUGACGGUGGCUUGGAGCAUUCCGAGAGGGACAUCUACGAGGCGCUCUGUCGACGUGAAGUGCCUGUUGUAAGCACUCCAUUACUGUAUGUUUGA